GCCACCGGCAGCGGCAGCAGAACGGGACCGGAGCGCCGCGCCCCGGCACCCGGAGAUGCCCUGCAUCCAGGCGCAGUAUGGCACGGCCGGCGCUGGCCCCUGUGAGCGCUGCCCCACCGAGCUGCUGAGCCCCGACGGCGGCCGCUUCCCCAUGGAGGUGGCCGGUGCCGACCUGGCGGCCGCUCCCGCCCUGCCCAGCUUCAGCACCUUCAUGGAGAGCUACGCCGGGGAGUUCGACGCCUUCCUCUACCAGCUGCCGGCCAGCAGCCAGCCCGCCGCCUUCAAGCUGGAGGACUUCCAGGUGUAUGGCUGCUACCCCGGCGCCUUCGGGCAGCCCGAGGAGACCCUCUCCUCCAGCGGUUCGGACUGUUACGGCAGCCCCUGUUCCGUCCCCUCGCCGGCCACGCCGGGCUUCCAGGCGCCCCAGAUGCCAGGCUGGGAGGGCUCCUUCGGGGCGUACUCACCGCCGCCGAGCUACGAGGGCGGGCGGCCCUGGGCCGAGCCAGCAAAGGGCGGCGCGGCGCAGCCCCCCUUCUUCGCCUUCGGGCCCCCGGCCCCCAGCCCCGGUGGCUCCCCCGGGCCCCUGAAGGACCCGCGCCUGCUGGACACAGACGCCUUCGCGCUGCCCCAGGGCUCCCCCGGGGCUUUCUCCGGGCUGCCUCUGGCCCCCGCCUCGCCACUGCUGGAGGGGCCCACGCUGGCCCCCGCGAAGACGCGCAGCCCCGGGGCGGGCGAGGGACGCUGCGCCGUCUGCGGGGACAACGCCUCCUGCCAGCACUACGGCGUGCGCACCUGCGAGGGCUGCAAGGGUUUCUUCAAGCGCACGGUGCAGAAGAACGCCAAGUACAUCUGCCUGGCCAACAAGGACUGCCCCGUGGACAAGAGGCGGAGGAACCGCUGCCAGUUCUGCCGCUUCCAGAAGUGCCUGGCCGUGGGCAUGGUCAAAGAAGUGGUCCGGACGGACAGCCUGAAGGGUCGCCGCGGCCGCCUGCCCUCCAAGCCCAAGCAGCCUCCGGACGCAUCCCCCGUCAGCCUCAUCACCUCCCUGGUGCGGGCGCACAUCGACUCCGUCCCCAGCGCCACCAAGCUCGACUACUCCAAGUUCCAGGAGGCGGCGCCGUGCCAGUUCGAGAAGGAGGACUCGGUGGACGUGCAGCAGUUCUACGACCUCCUCACCGGCUCCAUGGACGUCAUCCGCAAGUGGGCUGAGAAGAUCCAGGGCUUCGCCGAGCUGCCCAAGGAGGACCAGGACCUGCUGCUGGAGUCGGCCUUCCUGGAGCUCUUCAUCCUGCGCCUGGCGUACCGCUCCAGGCCGGAGGAAGGCAAGCUCAUCUUCUGCAACGGCGUGGUGCUGCACCGGCUGCAGUGCGUGCGGGGCUUCGGCGAGUGGAUCGACGCCAUCCUCGAGUUCUCCCAGAGCCUGCACCGCAUGAGCGUGGACGUGCCCUCCUUCUCCUGCCUCGCCGCCCUCGUCAUCAUCACAGAUCGCCACGGGCUGAAGGAGCCGAAACGGGUGGAGGAGCUGCAGAACCGCAUCGUGGGCUGCCUCAAGGACCACGUGGCGGCGGGCGAGCCGGGCCGCCCCGGCUGCCUCUCCAAGCUGCUGGGCAAGCUGCCCGAGCUGCGCACCCUCUGCACCCAGGGGCUGCAGCGCAUCUUCUACCUGAAGCUGGAGGACCUGGUGCCGCCGCCGCCCAUCGUCGACAAGAUCUUCAUGGACACGCUGCCCUUCUGAGCGCCCCCACGGGGCUUGCCACCAGCCCCUGGCUCACGCUCACCCCCCCCCCCCCCCCACACACACACACAGCCCACCCCCGCCCCGGGGAUUGCCCGGGUCCCCCUGGGGAUGGCCAGGUCCCCUUGGGGCCGCCCGGGUCCCCCCCCCAUGUGCCUUCACGGCGCCGGCAGCGUAAGGCCAGCCGGCGCGGUGCUCCCUCCUCCCUGUACAAACGCCCGCGUUGUAAAUACCGAGAGGCCGGAUCCUGUACAUAGCAGGGGGUGCAGGGAGGGGGCUUCAGGCCGGCGCCCACCGGACCCCCCCAGCCUCCGCCUGCUCCCCUUCUUUUUUUUUUUUUUUUUUUUUUUUUUCUCGUUUCUUUUGGCCUUUUUCUGUAUAUAAACUUGUACGUACAAACCG